AUGGCGAAACAUCAUCCUGACCUUAUCUUUUGCCGUAAGCAGCCAGGAACUUUGCGAGAAAUGCGAUGGGAAAUGUGUGAUCUGCGACUCCUAUGUCCGGCCAUGCACCCUUGUCCGCAUUUGAAGAUGCGUCAUCUGCGGUGGUACAGGUGUAUCGGAUUGAAUCUCGGAAGCGCUAAGACUGAUCUCUUCUAUGAGAGGAAGAAAUAUGGUUUUAAAAAGAGAUCUUAUUAG